AUGAAAAUUGCCCCCGUCUUGCUCUCAAGCUUGGCUUUGUCCCUCGCUGAUACUACAUCCAAUCUCCCAGGACUACUCCAAAACAUAUCCAGCACGGUGUUUUCUCAGCUGAGAGAUAUAUCCCGUGAUAUAUGGGAAAAUCCAGAGCUUGGCCUCCUUGAGUUUCAUGCCCACGAUGUCACAGUUGAAUAUUUUCAAGCACUCGAUGUGUGGGACGUGACACCUAAUGCUUUUGGUAUGGCCACUGCGGUUGCUGCAGAAUUUGAAAAUCGACCAGACGGUUUCAAUGGCGAUAUUCCUACCAUCGGCUUUAUUGGCGAAUUUGAUGCGCUUCCGGGAGUUGGUCACGCCUGCGGGCACAACCUACUAUGGUUGAAUGCUGUCCUAGCUUCUCGGCUUGCUGCUGAGGCCCUCGUGGAGUUAAAUAUCCCAGGCAAGAUUUUACUACGAAUAACACCAGACGAAGAGAAUGGUGCUGGUAAAAAUACUGUGGAACAGCAUGGGGGAUUCGAUGACGCCACUGUCUGGCUAAUGGCACAUCCCGCGCCGGCCAACGCCUUUGCACCUGGGAACGUGCGCCUCAACCUAUUUUCAAGCUUCAAGAGGGACACACAUUACGACGCUGUCAGGGCAACGUACCAGGGUAUGUUGUCAGUCCACGACUUGGCCGAUUUACCUGGCAUAGCUUCAUCUGUAGCUCUGAUAGAGGAAGUCAGCGAUUGGGCUGUUAAUGUUAUCCAGCAGCAGAUUAGUCUUGGGAUUUCAGGAACAACAAUCGGUACUGUUAACAAGACCAUUUCAUCAAUUCUGGACGCAACAUAUCCCAACGUGACGUACACGGUUGAGAAUGGCGUGGACGGGGUUGACCUCAUGCUUCAUGGGCCCGGGGGGCAUGCCUCGGCCAACUCCAAUGGACCUCUUGUACUCUCCAUUGAGGUGUUUCGAAGGUUGUCUGUUGACUCGUCUUUGUCUUUCUAUCUUCCUCAAAACACGACACAGAAAGAGCUAGGCUUUGUAAGCGACAUUCGGACACGCUACGAUAGGGACAUCAAUGCGAUCGCCAAAGUGGUCAGUGAUGCCAUUGACGGUGCAGACUCCAUCACAAGCGAUAUUAUCUACCCAGAAUUUGAGGUAGACCCUUAUCUAGCAAGCUUCAUGACCGAACUCCUUGCUACUGACGCAUAUGGCUCGUCUAAUUUUGUUACAACGGACAGUGCACUGGCAGCCACCGAUGCAUCGCUCGUUCAGCAGCCAGAAAUUGACCCAAAUACAAAAAAGCUUCUGAGUGUAGCUAAAGUGGUGCUGCAGCCAUUGUUCAACAUUUGUGAGAACCCCGCAACCUGUGGGACUAAUCAUGAACCCCUUUUUGCGCAGUUUACUGGAACAGACUUUGCCUUUAACAAGACAGAGAUCAUGGGAAGAGCCCAAGCACAUACCGCUGUAUUGUUGCUUACUGAUCCUGAGAUGAUGACAGCAGCGACAGCCCUUAUCCGUAACAAUGUCGCGAUUCCCAACUAA